UAGGGCACCUUCAAGUACAGUUGAGAAUCAUAGAUUUAACCCUAACCCUCUGACUGUAACAAAUAAAUGACUCCCUGCCCGAGAGAGGGAUGGGAGCUGGAAGUUGCAUGUUAGCCCCCCUCUCUCAGCCAGCCCUCGCACCCUGGAGAAACACUUUCUCCUAGGCUCUCCUCAGUGCCCUCUCCACCAACCAGGGCUUGAGUCGGAAAGCCCUUUCUCAGGGCAGGGUGGGGGUGACACAAGGGACUGCUAUCCAUUAAUCUCUGGGAGAUUCGAGGCCCAGAGAGGUCGGUGAGGAUAUAGGAUAACGCCACUCCUGGGGCUGUCAGCAGAUUCCCCACCUUCCCCAGACAGGCCCUUCCUUUCCACCUCUGCCCCAUCUCUUCUGAGGACCCCUUCUUGCUGUCAUGGUAACCAGGGGAUUAGGACCAGCCUGGAAGACCCAGAGAGGGAGAUAUGGGAGAGGGUUUAGAGAGGAGGCAGGUGAAAGGAAGAAAUGAGAGGAGGUGAUGAUAAGGAAACGGCUGGGUGGGGGAAAAGGAGACUGGGAGAGGAAGGUGAAAGGAAGGGGGAGAUGAGAGAGAAAGCUCAUCCCUGGUAAGAGAGAAGAGGGAGGGGGAGGAGACACACACAGAGAGAGAGAGAGAGACCUCAACUUUUAUUUAAAAUCAGAGAGCAGUUGUACGCCUGGAGUUGUUGCUAUGGCAACGGCAAAGAAAAGGAGAUAGAGAGCUUGUGAAGCCGUGAAAACCCAAUAGGGGUAAAUGUUUAAAGCCAGGAACAAAAACCAUUCAGAGAUAAUUAAGUAACAGGCUGCAGGUUCCACACUCCUGCCCAUUGUCAGGGGACUGGGCCUGAGAUUCCGGCCCACUUCUACCUCUGCCUUCUCCCACCCUUCACUCCUUUCCCUCACUCAAGACUGAGGAUUUCAAAGCAGCAGCUGGGGACCCCAGCCGUCCCUCUCAUCUGGCCUUCAGUGGGGACUGCCCUCCUCACGCCAGCCCAGCUCCUCAGACUAAGGUUGGACAAGUUUGCUCUCCCUCACUAUUAGAAAAAUCUGGUGCUCGUAGGGGAGAGUAACUUCAGCCAGAUACACGGAAGAUCUGUGGACACUGAGCCCGCGAUGGAGAGCGGAGCCAUCACUCUGUGCGCUGGCUGUUUCCAGGGUCAAGGUGCUCUUCCCCUGGGUGUCCGCCACCCUGCAGCCCCUGCUCUGAGGAGAUGCCUGGUCCUCCAACGGGGACGGGCCUUCUGGUCUGGUGCUGUGUUGGGGGCUGCUUAGCUGUGCUGAGCGCCACCUCUGAUGCCUCUGUCAAUGCCUCUAAGGAGUUUUUCCAGGCUAAUCUUCUCAAGCCUCAGUAUGGCCGAAAGCUAAGCUGGUAUUUUGGGGGUUAGGUAUACUCUACAGAGUAGAUUACAGAUUUUUUUCUUUCUUUUUAGUGCCAAAGUUCUUUCUUUUUAAAAUUAUUCUCACUCAGGCACCUGCCUCCCACCCCAGACAUCCCAACAGCUAGCUUAGCUGUUCCCUUACGUCAUCUCCUCAGGGGAAUAAUCCUUCCAGGGCUGCCUCCCCUACCUUGAGACGCCUCUCCCGAGACAUCGUGAAUAUCAGAGAAGGCCCGCUUGUCCUUUUCCCUCUCAUCUCAGGAUGCAGCUCUGAGCUGGGGCCUAAAACUGCUAAGUUGGAAGAGUCCUGUUUUAUGUCUGCAGCUCUCCCUCCCAUGGUCAUCACCCACCUCUCCAGUUCUUUCCUGCAGAUUCUCUCAGUUUUAUCCUCAGACUAAGCCAGACAGGCAGACAGUCUCGAACUGAGACUGGUUUUGGCUCCUGCAGGAAUUGCUUUUACUGAGCUGAGCAUUUGGCACAGUGCCACCAGCCUGUCUUGAGGAAUGUUCUGAGCACCAGCCCUCUGAAACUCCUCAUGGUGUUUAUGAUAGGGAUUGUUGUGUAGGAUAAGGUUCAGAACAUCACGGCGUCCUUUUAUGAGGAGGUGGAAGUUCUGGGGUAGUACUUUUCCUAAGCCAUCAGUUGGUUUUUAUUUUAUAGGCCCUAUAAAUUGUGCCAUGAAUUUUGAAUUUUCCCAUUUUUGCGUUGGCUGCUUGGAGACUCAACAGUGAGCAGUGUGGUUUAUCUCUGAUGCAGCAUUUAGAAUCUCACGUAAAGCUUAUAGUUUAUUAACUUUACUUCCAUCUCAGUGUAUUUCUUCUUCCUUGUUCUCGUUCUCUGGUUUCCUACCUUCUCCACCCAAGGUUUAGAUUCUUCUUUUAACUUACUUUUUGUGUCAUUGACCAAAUACAUUUAUAUCAUUGCCCUUAUACUUUGCUUCAAGUCUUUCAUGGAACAAGUGAAGUAAUUAAAUGAGUUAAGUUAUGUAAAACAUACUUCAUAGUGUCUGGCAAAUAGUAAGACAGCAAUGAAAAUGUCAGCCGCUAUUUUAAGUAAACGAAUAAUAUGAAUGGUCUCUAAUCUUCCUUCAGAAGCCCUGUAAAGAUGGUCCAGAGGCUGCCGAGAUCUGUCCAGAUUAAAGGCCGUCUGUAAAUAUAGAUAACACCCAGUGGACCCAGUACAAGGGGAAGUUUUCUCAUGGCUAACACCCGGCUAUCCUGAUUUUUUUAAACUUCUUUUUUUGGUUCAAACUUUGGAAUCCAUCAUGGUGAUAAUAAUAAUGAUAAUAAUCAGAUUUGCCUUGCUUAUUAGGGUUGACUCGGACUGCUAUUUAAAUGAGUUUCUAAUUCCCUGCUCACACCAAGACUGACAACCGAGACAUCCUGGGUGGCAAAGGGACUCAGCCUGCCUGGGAUUAGGAUUUUUCCAUGGACAGCCUCCAAAGCGAAGAACCUGUGCGGACCCAGACCCGCUUCAGCCAGGAGCCAGCUGACCAGACUGUGGUGGCCGGACAGCGGGCCGUGCUCCCCUGCGUGCUCCUCAAUUAUUCUGGCAUCGUGCAAUGGACCAAGGAUGGGCUGGCGCUGGGCAUGGGACAGGGCCUCAAAGCCUGGCCACGGUACAGGGUCGUGGGCUCUGCGGAUGCUGGGCAGUACAACCUGGAGAUCACGGACGCUGAGCUCUCAGAUGAUGCUUCUUAUGAGUGCCAGGCUACGGAGGCCGCCCUACGCUCCCGGAAGGCCAAACUCACCGUUCUCAUUCCCCCAGAGGACACCAAGAUUGACGGUGGCCCAGUGAUUCUGCUGCAGGCAGGCACACCGCACAACCUUACCUGCCGAGCCUUCAACGCCAAGCCUGCCGCCACCAUCAUCUGGUUCCGGGAUGGGACACAGCAGGAAGGCGCGAUAGCUAGCACGGAGCUGCUGAAGGAUGGGAAAAGGGAGACCACCAUCAGCCAGCUGCUCAUUAACCCCACAGACCUGGAUAUUGGGCGCGUGUUCACCUGCCGCAGCAUGAACGAAGCCAUCCCUAGUGGCAAGGAGACCUCCAUUGAGCUGGACGUGCACCAUCCUCCUACUGUGACCCUGUCCAUCGAGCCUCAGACAGUGCAGGAGGGCGAACGUGUGGUCUUCACAUGCCAGGCCACAGCCAACCCUGAGAUCCUGGGCUACAGAUGGGCCAAGGGGGGUUUCUUGAUUGAAGAUGCCCAUGAGAGUCGCUAUGAGACGAAUGUCGAUUAUUCCUUCUUCACGGAGCCUGUGUCUUGUGAGGUCCACAACAAAGUGGGGAGCACCAAUGUCAGCACUUUAGUAAAUGUUCACUUUGCCCCCCGGAUUGUAGUGGACCCCAAGCCCACAACCACAGACAUUGGCUCUGAUGUGACUCUCACCUGUGUCUGGGUUGGGAAUCCCCCCCUGACCCUUACUUGGACCAAAAAGGACUCGAAUAUGGGGUCCCGACCUCCUGGCUCCCCACCCGAGGCUGCUCUCUCUGCCCAGGUCCUGAGUAACAGCAACCAGCUGCUGCUGAAGUCUGUGACCCAGGCAGAUGCCGGCACCUACACUUGCCGCGCCAUUGUGCCUCGGAUUGGAGUAGCCGAGCGGGAGGUGCCACUGUAUGUGAACGGGCCCCCCAUUAUCUCCAGCGAAGCGGUACAGUACGCUGUGAGGGGUGAUGGCGGCAAGGUGGAGUGCUUCAUCGGGAGCACACCGCCCCCAGACCGCAUUGCAUGGGCAUGGAAGGAGAACUUCUUGGAGGCGGGGACGCUGGAACGCUACACGGUGGAGAGGACCAACUCGGGCAGCGGAGUGCUGUCCACUCUCACCAUCAACAACGUCAUGGAGGCUGACUUCCAGACCCACUACAACUGCACUGCCUGGAACAGCUUCGGGCCGGGCACUGCCAUCAUCCAGCUGGUAGAGCAAGAGGUGCUACCUGUGGGCAUCAUCGCUGGGGCCACCAUCGGUGCGGGCAUCCUGCUCAUCUUCUUCUUCAUCGCUUUGGUGUUCUUCCUCUAUCGGCGCCGCAAAGGCAGCCGCAAGGAUGUAACCCUGAGGAAGCUGGACAUUAAAGUGGAGACAGUGAACCGGGAGCCACUCACCAUGCAUUCUGACCGGGAGGAUGAUACCGCCAGCGUCUCUACAGCAACGCGGGUCAUGAAGGCCAUCUACUCGUCCUUUAAGGAUGAUGUGGAUCUGAAACAGGACCUGCGCUGUGACACCAUCGACACCCGGGAAGAAUACGAGAUGAAGGACCCCACCAACGGCUACUACAAUGUGCGUGCCCACGAAGACCGCCCAUCUUCCAGGGCAGUGCUGUAUGCUGACUACCGAACCCCUGGCCCUGCCCGCUUUGAUGGUCGCCCCUCAUCCCGUCUGUCCCACUCCAGUGGCUAUGCUCAGCUCAACACGUACAGCCGGGCCCCUGCCUCUGACUACGGCCCUGAGUCCGCACCCCCUGGCCCAGCUGCCCCAGCCGGCACCGACACCACCAGCCAGUUGUCCUAUGAGAACUAUGAGAAGUUCAACUCCCAUCCCUUUCCCGGGGCAGCUGGGUACCCCACCUAUCGACUGGGCUACCCCCAGGCCCCCCCCUCAGGUCUGGAGCGGACCCCAUAUGAGGCGUACGACCCCAUUGGCAAGUACGCCACAGCCACACGGUUCUCCUACACCUCCCAGCACUCGGACUACGGCCAGCGGUUCCAGCAGCGCAUGCAGACUCAUGUGUAGGGGCCAGAGACUGCUGGGGGUCUCUGCGGGGCAGAGGAGAAGGCUUUCACGGCUGUUCCCUGAUAUUCAGGGGCAUUGCUCCUUGUUCCCUUCCUGGACCAGCCUUCCUCCUCCUGCCGAGACAGGUGUGGAGCAGGUCUCCCAGAAACACCCCAUCCCGAGGAUGGUGCUCUGUGCAUGCCCCAGCUGCCUGGGCCUGCCCUUCCUCUUCUUUGGGAGGAGGUGUCUCUUCUGACCUGUGCUCUUGCCUGACCCCAGCAUGGGGACAGGGAAAAUGAAGGUUGGGGAGAGCAGAGGGGGCACUUUUUAGCAUUCCCUUUCUACUCUAUCUCUCUGGUCUCCUGUAAGUGGACAGAGGAGUAUACACAGGUGGGCAGGCUUUGGCCCAGGCUGUGUGAAGUAUGAGAUUGGGUGGCUUUGGCAUAGGCAGACGGAAGGUAGGACAGCUCAACUGGUCCUUUUCUCUGUUGUCUGCGUUCAUGCCCUGGGUGCAUCUCUCCCUUCUCAGAGGACUGCAGAAGAGACUUUGGGUUUAGUUUAGCUCUUGUCUACAGAACAGUCCUUGCACUAACUUCAGCUCGGGUCAAAAUGCCAGUCACUCGGGUGCCACUGUGGACAUCUGUCUGUCCAGAGGGAUCCAGAAAUCACCAGUAGCACUGCCCCUUUUCCUCUUCUGUGCUGGGCCAGCCAAAUAAGCCAGGAUUGUGGUGGAGGACGGCCAUUCCCUGAUGGACCACUGUGUGCUGCAACCACAGCUCCCAGCAUCAACACUAGAGGGAGCCACUCCAGCACCCUCCUUUCCGUAAUGUGCCCAACUUCCUGACUUUUUAGCUCUUGCGCCUUUUGAGGGAGGUUGGGGGUAGAUGGGCUGUUUUUCAAAGGCAACAAAAACAAUGAAAACCUCACUUGGAAAGAAAAGCUGUAGGCAUUCCCCUACCCAAAUACAAAUCCCAGUGGAAAGGAAAGGGGCCUUCUGUUCUUCACCAGGUUCCUAUCAUCCCCUUGUGUCUAAGCACUUUGAAUCCAUUGCACACAUUCAGGUGGUGAGACCUGUCACAUGGACAGGUGGGCUCCAUUUGGGUAGGAAGGGGACUGAGGCCUUUACUGUCCUAUCCUAGGCUCCCUGUCUGUUCAGAGCCCACCAGAAGGCCUGAGAGGUAUUCUCUCCAGACAGGUUUUGGUGUAAGUGUCUUUUUCUUUUUGGACCAAUCAUAUUUCAUCCACUUUCAGUGCCUUGAGUGUCAUGCUUUGGAUGAACAUGCUUGUUGGCGGUCAUGUAGGGGAGCAAGUACUUGUGAGCCUCAGACAGGCUGCCAAGUGUUACAGUGUUAAAGGAGAGACCCAGGGGAGAGUGCUGGAAAUGGCCCUGACAGAGAAGGUAGCUGGAGGAGAACCACAGGCAUUCCAUGCCCGUGCUUCCCUGUCCCACACCCACAUGCACAUGUGCCCACGCAUAUUCCAGCCAUCACGUCUCAGCUGCCACCUUCUGACCAAAGAGUGGGCACUCCAAAGAGAACCUGUGCCCCUGCCCUGUCCUCACCUCCCCAAGAAGCCACAUUUGGAGUCAGCUCUUCUCAUGGCUGCCAACCCUAGGGGAAGGGGCCUCGGUACAAUUCCCAGAAUGCUCCUUGCCCUUUCUUUUUGGUCACCAUUCAUUAGUCAUGUUCGCUUUAAUGAGUUACAUGCUCAUCAGCCACGGGCCAUCACCACUGUUACAGAUGGGUCUGUGGGAUGACAUUCUCAGCCAUCCCCUUGCUAGUAAGGACCAGGUAAUACCCAGAAAAUAUAUAGCUUCAAUUCCAGCCUGGCAGGCAGCCACCACAUCCCCCUCCCCUCCACGCAGUGGGCCCUAUCUGGGCCUUUACAGUAUUCCAGCUGUAGUCAAUCCCUGGGAAAUCAUGCCUUCCUGCAGAGUCCUUUCAGUGGAGUUCAACAACAUGGUCUGUUAAAGAGUACAGGUUCCUGGGCAGAUAGUCACAUGCUAUUUUUAUUUUCAUGGACUCCAGAAAGCCAUGGGUAAUCCAAACACAUUAGGUCUAAAUCUGGUGGCUUUUCGAACAGUUACCCUCCAAAAUACUCAUUUGUUUUGGAUCUGGCCACAUUCUUUUAUUUGCCUCUGGUUGGUUGAAGUAGUCCCUCUCUUCUGUUGAAAAAAUGGAGAAAAGGCCCCAAAGUCACUGAGUAACUCAGCUGGCACCUAGCACCGGGGGAGAAUUGCUGGGACAGGAAGUCUGAUAGAGAGCCGGUUCUGUUCUUUGUCCCGCUACACUUGUGCUGGGACCUGGUAGGUGGUGCACUGUGCAAGGCUCAGGAAAUGUCAGCAAUUCGGGCAGACUCCACCCUCUGCAAAUUAUACACUGCAGUCAGAAUUGAGGUGGGACCUGCCUGUGGUAGUUCAAGGUGCCCUUGAUCACAGAGGUCUGCUGUGAGGCUGUUGUCUUCCAGCAUGGUGGUGCCUCAGUACUUGGUGUCACUUCUGAUGAUAGUAUCUUAGUGGAAGAAACGAGGCUAAGAAGGUGUUCUGAAGCUGCUUAUUACUGAGUGACUUUGGCUCAACCCCCUAGAUUCAUUUCCUGUAAUUUACCGGCCUGUAAAAUAAGGGAAAGGCUUGCCCAAACCUAGAACGUGCUUUCACUGUAUCCAUUUGGGGAGGUGUGGUAGGGGGCUGCUCUUCUGUUUCAAGGAGUCUGGAGCAGUAAGUAAGCAGAGUCGGGGCUGGGGAGCUGAGGGGUUCUUUCCUAUUGGAAGAAGCUUUUCCUACAGGCUUUUCUGUCUUAUCAGAAGUGUGUUAAUUUCCACCAGGAGCCCCUUUACAAACAGCCACUUAUAACCUAGAUGGAAUCAGGUUGUAUGUGCUGCUCCCCACCUCAGUUCUGAUAGGUUUGCAAAGGUGUCUGGGGCCAAGGCAGGGCGUAAUGAGUUCCCUUUACGCAUCCAGAUUGUCAGCACCUAUGGGGGGGGGGGUAAACAGCUACCUUCCACCUGGUCCUCAAAAUAAUCUGCCCCAGGGACAAUUCACCCUUCUCAUCAAGGCAAAGCCAGCAGUUCAAGGAACCUUGAACCAGAAGUGAGGGAGCACAUUGGACAUGCAGCUCGUGGACGGACGGUGAUGGGGCACAGAGGUUUUGACAUAAGCUAUGGUUCUCUAAGAGAUUCUUGUGAUUGGGUAAACUGUGACCUCUUUGCUUGUGGAGAGCUGACUUAUACCCUAGUUCCCUCAAGAGUCCAACAGAGUAUGUGUGAAGCAAAAUCCAUCCUAAAUGAGAAAGGAGUAGUGCUGGCCUCUCAAAAAUGUCUAGCCUGAAAUGAAAACAGACCUGCUCUCUAAGUGAUGUGUUGUCUCCUAAUCCCAGCAGUUGCUACCUCCAGAUGAAGCACACUGCAGCAGAACUUCUUGUCCUUGUGCUGUGUUGCUAACCUGUGGGAGUUCUACCAGGAGACACCAGACCUGGGCUUCUUAAAAUGGAAUCCAAUGGGCUGUUUGCACCCUUGACCCAAGUACAAGGCAGUGUUGGGCCAUUGGAAUUUGAAAAGGUACACAUGAAACUGAGACCCACUGGGAGUGAACUGGCUCAACCCUUGUCUUAUUCUGUGACACAGGCAGUUCUGUCCCUUCAGCUGAACUUGGAACUCCCAAGGCCACACUAGACUCUGAAAUCUUGGCUAUCUACCAUGUUAAAGCUGUGUGAUCUGAGCCAUGUCACUGCCCUAUGCCGUUGUAGGCCAAUCUGCAAGUUGGGGAAUCACCAGAAAGAAAUAGUGAAGCUCCUGACCUUGGUGAGUCUGGUGAAGAGGUGACAUUGAAGUGCACAAACCAAGUAAUGUCAUUUAUUUUUGUGAAAAACAUAAAAUUAGCAUCUAAAUGUCCCAUUCUUUCUCCCUGCAUCCCCUCAUCCUCCCAAGGUGUUUCUCCUCUCCUCCAGGCCUGACUCUUUCUGAGUGGCAUUGGCUCACCUUUGGCAGCUUGGUCCUGAUGCUGCACCUCUGGGCUAGUGGAAAGGACUGAGACAUGUGGCUUGAAAUAUCUGGGAGAUGGGAAGCAGAAUCGUAUUUUCUUGCAUCACUGUGAGGCAGCUCCAGGCCCAGUCCCUGGAGAAAUAAUUGCAUAGAAGUUGCAGGCCAUAUUGGGCAAUUUGGGUACAAGCCUGCCCUUAGUAAUAAUAACUCCAGAUGCAUAGAGCUCAUUCCUAUGAGUGUGUUGUUGGCCAUCCUUGGCUUUUGGAUGGCCCUACCCACUGGUCUUUGUGAGGUGGUGGGCCAGGACUUUUUUCCUGGUUUCUAGAGCUCUUCAGACGCAGCCCCUGGGAACACCUGGCUCCUGGGGGAGAUGGCAAUUAAACUCUUGGCACCAUCUUUUUAACAGUAGUGACCCAGAAGAUUUUGCUGCCUCUGCUUUCACCAGGAAGAGGCCCUGGCUCUCUGUGGUCACAUUUUUUACCCCAGCCAUUCCUGGGACUGUUUCUGGUUCCAAUUGAAUUUUCUCCACCCAAUCUCAAUGAUAAAUGGAUCCAUGAUGGUAAACAAAAGGAGAGAAAAAAAUACUAUUUUUGUUAGGACAAACCAUUGUAGAUUUUUAGCAAUGUGUAUCUGUGUGUCCCUCACACCUUUUCCUAUUCUGCCUUUCUUUUCUUUUUUUUAAAAUAUUAUGUACUAUAUUUUUAGUCUCAAACACGCUAUAUAUUAUAUAUAUAUUUAAUUUUUUAUAUAUAUAAAUAUAAAUGUUUAAAAAAGUG